AUGAGACUUGCCGACACCUCUGUCCUAGCGAUGCUGCCCGCUACUAGUCUGGCGGCCUGCGGCACCGCCUAUUCGGCCAACCAGAUUGACGGCUCCUUACUGCGGGCCAUUGUGCUCGACAUGGACACCGAUGCCGCCAAUGUGACCGCCGCCAAUUAUGACCAGUACUUUGCCCAAGGGAGCGCUCUUGAGGGUGUCGAGGCCGUAAUUGCCGCCAGCCAGUUUUAUAUCAACAAGUGGGCGAUCCCGGGCACUGAGGCUGCCUUUCAGAAUGUCAGCCAAUGCUUGAGCGACGGCUAUUUGGUGAACCAGGUGCCCUGGCUGUAUUAUAACACCACUACCGCGAGCUGGUGGGGUGGCUUCGAGGCCGAGUCGCAGGCCGACAGCUAUGACACCGCCGCCCUGUCCGUCGUCACGGGCCUUGUCGCCGGUCUCGAGGUGCGCUUCUGGGACACCAACGGUGAUGGUUUUACUGACCUUAUCGAUGCCGACUAUGUCGAGGGCGUCACCGUCGACACCGUUACUAAAAAUGCCAAUGGCACCUACACAGUCUACCGUGGCAACAUCGAUGUCGCUAACAAGACACCUUAUGAAGGGACCAUUUUUGAUGGAGACCUUUUCGAUACCGACGGCCCUUCCAUAUUGGCCGCCAACUUUGACACCACGAUCGGCGCCGGCGAUGUCGCCCUCUUCUGGUACGGUCCCAACGGCUGGGCGAUAAAGCGCGCCCAGGAGGUCGUCGGUCUCUUCAUUGACGGCGCUGACCACACUAACUACGACGUGGGCGGCGUCGUGUACGAAGAUGCGAUGCGCUUCUCUCGCGACAACCUCCCCAUCUCCAACCGGCCUGGCGAGUUCACCGACGCCCAAAAGUUCUUCAAACUCACCAACGACUCGGCCGCUGGCCUCAACGUCAGCCUCUGGCUCGUGCCCGUCACCAACACCAACAAUACUGGCGCCCCGGUUGGCAUCACGAGCGACAGCAACUCGCGUAGCUUCCUCGCCAAAGCCAUUGCCCAAGCCCAAGCCGAGCUUGCCAAUGUGACAAUCAGCACCGACGGCACCGACGUGUCGUCCACUCAGGAAUGGGUCACGCAGGCCGUUUACACGCAGCUCGACGACGCCAUAGCUCGGGCAAACCAAUCGCUCGCCCUCUCCAACAGCUCAUCCUUCCUGCUCGACUACCAGACUUACCUACUGUACUUGAACCUGUACGGUAGCAGCGACGACAUUGGGGCUCAGUUUGCCGGGUUCAACUACACCGGCUUUGAGAACGAGGAGCAGUUUGGUACUGCCUGA